UAUCUGCCACAGCAUGAAGAGCAAAAUUUACCAGAGAGGAGGACGUGAUCAGCACAUCCAGGUCUACACUAUUGAAAGACCAAGCUGCUUCCCUCCAUCGUACGAGGAGUCCCAGGGCAGUCAGGUGUAUCCCAAUGCAGCUGAGUUUGUGGUCGUGGUUGAUGGGGUCGAUGUGGUGAUGAGUCUUGCUCCCCCUCUGUAUAGCCAGGACAGCUCAGAGGCUCCAGACUGCACAUGGAGCUGGGAGCAGCCCCCUCGGUACAGUCAAGUAGAGUGUAUUCAGCAGGGGGAAGUGGAUGCAGAUGAGCAGUUAGAGGCCUUGUCCGGACACUGAAGGACAAAACUUUUCUGCCUAAGUGGCUAAAAGAAAAUGGAUGAAUGGAGAUUGCUGAUAGAAAUGACUUCCUGCCUGAGCUUACAGAGAAAGCUCCAGAAAAAUGUGAGAUCCCUCCAAAUGUGGUUGGAUUGCUUGGCUUCCAAAUGAUGAACCUCAGAGAUGUGUUGACAUCGCCUAUGCGCUCAACCUCUGAACUCAAAUGUCUGUGCUGACCCUGCGUUAACAGGCUUUUUUCAGCCCAGAGGUCUUUGAAGAGGAUUGGCCUGUUGGGUUAGACUGUGGUUUUGUGUUGAUCUUUCUCAAAUGGUUUUAUCUCUGGUUUCCUGAAGUUUGUGCUGCCUUUGUGGUGUGACAAAUAACCAAGGACAGUAUUAAUCCAGUUGGAUGCACAAAUGUCUGAAUUGACAAACGU